AUGCCGGCAUAUCAUUCUCAGUUUAAUGAAAGAACUGAAUAUCGAGUAAUUGGUAACAUGGUCCUGUUACCUAUAAAAACAAAAAUUAGAGGACCUGCAACACCAGCACCACCAUCCGAGGAUGAUAUUAUUGAUGAAGCUUUAGAUCUCUUUCGCGCAAAUUGUUUAUUUCGUAAUUUCGAAAUCAAAGGCGAUGCAGACCGAGUUCUAAUUUAUCUUAUUUUGUUCAUUUCUGAUUGUUUGAACAAACUCGUUAAGAAUCCUUCGUCUAAAGAAGCGAUAAAGAUCUUAAACACUCGCGCAACAGAUAAUUUUGCGCUACCUGGAGACCCAACGUUUCCAUUGAAUGCGUUGUAUGCAUCUCCAGCUAAUAGAAAUGAUGCAGGUCAACUUCGACAGGAGCUAGCCACCAGACUGGUUGAUAGGGUAUAUGUUGAUG